AUGGAUAAACUGGAUGAUAUUUCAAUUGCCACACUCAAAGCUGCUAAUAUUGGAGAAGACUUAUUACCUUUGCUUUCCCGUGAUGACAUCAAAGAUCUGUUUCCUGGGCCUGAAAAUUUCUUGAGGCGCCGGGCUAUAUGGCUUGUUGUAAAUAAAGAUGAAAAGGUGGAUGCUGCUCCUGAAAUUCUGCAGUCACCCCCUACUGGUGGCAGCGACCCUUCAAAAGAAGAGGCCAGUACUUCUAAAUUUGUGACUAUGUCCAACCCAGAAUACAUAGUCUUCACAGACAGUGAGCUUGAACAGGCACGACGCUACUACUUCGAGCAGAAACGGCUGGGGACCGAGCACAGCGUGGCCUUAUCCAAGGAGCUCUUCUGCCGACUCAUAAGAAACACGAUGACUAAUAUGAUUGCUAUCGCAAGAGCCACAGAGGACUGCAGAUACCCCACCAAACAUGAGGUGAAUGCCAUGGCAAAACGGUUGGUGGAUUACUAUCCGAUGAUAAAAGAAAAGUCAUCCAACAGUGAGUGGGAGCAUGUUGCUAAAAAGCUCAUGAAGAGACUCUCAAAUGUCAGAAGUCCAAGGAAGGCCAAAGCUCCUCCUUCAAAGAAACCACGACAAGAUGUGGAAGUCACUUCAGACAUUUCAACCACUGACUACGAUGGAGAUUCCAGUGCAUCCACAAUUAUUCUGGAACGGUCACCUGUUAGUCCCAUGGGCAUCUCAGACAGCCCGAAAACCCAAGCAAGACAUUACAAGACCCUCCAAGAAAUGUUCAAGUCCAAAAAGCCAAACAAAGCUGCGAUAACUCAUUUGCUGAACCUGGAAUUUGAGUCUCGAAGACGCUUCAUCACGUCUGAUCUGUUAAAGGAGCAAGACAGACCAACAAAGAUUCUAGAGGCUUACCCAUGUUUCCGAGAACUGGACCACGUCCAGUUUUAUGGGGUGAUGAAAAAAACCAUGAAGCCUCCUAAAACUUUGAAUGGAGUUAUUUAUGGUAGCACCUUGUCUUGUGCCUUUUCCAUUAAACCAGUGGAGCAUGUCACAGCUGUGUUCCGAGCCCUGCCACUGCUCUUCCCGUCCAGCACCAUGCCACCUAAGAAGCUGGGCUUAAGCAGCGAGGCUCUUUUCCAUGUCCUUACGACUUCAGAGGAUCCUGAUGGUUUCCUGCGCCAGCGACCACUGUCUUGUCCAGUCAUGCUUGUCUCUGAGGAAAACUGCAUGAUCGCCAUUGGAAACAUGCCAGUGACCACCUUCAACAUUGAGAGGUUUGAUGAGGGACUGCUCUACCUCAUGGCAUAUUACUAUGCCCUGCACCUCACUUACCCAAAGUGUAUUUCCACACUUCUGUCAGUAGUGCAAACAGAAAUUCUCCUUGAUUCUAUUCAUGAGCAAGAUUUGACCCCUUCCUACAAAAAAGCCAUUGGCGAGUGGAAGUCCUUCAUU